ACUACUUGGCAGAAUUGAGAGCGAGCCCCCAAAUCAGUGUCUUGAACAAGAGGCGAACCAGCAUGAAACAACUGACGACGACCGGAAAGAUUUGACCGGUCCCCCUGACCUCGUCGACAUCAUGAAUGUGGUUCCAUUUGAGGGUGAGUUCAGUAGCGAGGAUGAAGAGUGGGAGGGCGAGGGUGAACCCGAACGAGGACUUGUCGACGUGCUCGAGUUCGUCCUCGCUGCCCUUUGCAUAGGGUAUCCCACCUUCUUCGACGGCGACCCAUCCAAGCACGACGCACACCCCACAACCAACGAUGAAUGCGAGGGCAACAGGGAUCAUGGUCAAGAUCACGAGGACCUUGAGGAACGUGCGAAACCAGUGGUAUAG